AUGAGAGGGCUUAAGGGGCCAAGCGACAGUUAAGAAGUAUUGUUUAACUUUUAAAUGAAGCUUUUCAUCCUCUUGCUCACUACAACAUCGGUAGCUGCGCUUCCCAGAGUGAAACGUGAGGAUGCCCAGAGCUCGACAACCGAUAAGGCAACCACCACUCCUGCUACAACAACAGCUUCAACAACCGACGCUACCACAACGUCAACACAGGGAUCUACAACAACCACACCACCUCACUGGCCACAACCUUGUUUCGGACCAUGGCCUUGUAUGCUCGGUCCACACUUUCCUGGAGGACCAUUUCCGCCAUAUGGACCAGCAGGACCUCACCCGGGCCCCUGGGCUCCUCCAUUCAGACCAGCAGGUCCCUUUGGGCCCGGUCACGGACCAAUGGGACCAUGGGCCAGACCAGGUGGAUUUGGAGGGCCCUGGGGUAGACCGUGGGGUAGACCGUGGUGGUAA